AUGGACGAAGAAUUCGAAGACGAUUCGUGGAACAACAAUCCAGUCCGGAGCAAUGCAUCCGAGGAAGAGGCGGAAAGUCAUGAAGAUCCGUCGGAAAACUCGAAAGCGGUACUGAAUGAUUGUCUGCAGCGUUUCGCCAGCGUCGACUACAUCAUGGAGCCGAGCAUCUUCGUCCAGUUGAAGCGCUACUUCCAGGCAGGUGGAACGGCGGAGCACGUUAUCAAUCAGCUGUCCUCGAACUAUGCGGCCGUCGCGCAGAUGGCAAACCUGCUCGCCGAGUGGCUUAUCAUGGCCGGUGUGCGCGUAACCGAUGUGCAGGCGAUGGUCGAGAACCAUCUGAAGGAUAUGAUACUGAAAACGUUCGAUCCAAAGAAGGCGGAUAAAAUAUUCACCGAGGAAGGCGAAACACCCGGCUGGUUGACGGAGAUGAUCGAGCAUCACACGUGGCGCUCGUUGAUUUACCGGCUGGCGGAGGAGUAUCCGGAGUGUUUGAUGCUGAACUUUACCAUUAAGCUUAUAUCGGAUGCUGGGUUUCAGAGCGAGAUUACCUCCAUCUCGACGGCCGCCCAACAGAUAGAGGUGUUUUCGCGCGUCCUCAAGACGGCCAUCGCCAAGUUUCUGAGCCACCCGGAGGAUUGGCAGGGUGCGAUCGAAGAGGUGGCGAAGAUGGUGUGCCACGGGCAGCACACGUAUGUGUACAGUCAGGUGCUGAUACAGGUACUGUCACAGGAGCCGAAGGGUGGAUUGAUAAUGAAACGACUCUCGCAGGAAAUUACUAAAUAUGCGCUAAAAAACAAUCACAACGUAACGCCCAUCACGAUGGCUCUGAACGGUUCGUCGCGUCAUCCGCAAGCGUGCGAGGCACUUACGUCGAUGCUGUCCCGCAACACACUCAACCCGGCCGAUAUAACAGUCCUGUACCGCAACUAUACCUCACCCGAGCCACCACCGAUCGAUUUGAUCCGGAAUCCUCAAUUUUUGGAUCUACUCGUCGAUUCGCUGUUCAAGGUAGGAACGAAGAUCAACCAGGAACACAAGUCGAAGUACAUCUAUCUGCUCGGUUACGCUGCGAGCGUCAUCGAAAUACCGACCAAGAAGGGCCAACCGAAAGGCCACCGGGUACUGAAUAAGGACGAGCUAAAGGCAACGAUCAAUGCCAUCGAGAAAGUACACGCGAUUUGCAACGUGAGUCGCGGUUCGAGCGAGCUGAUCGGUGACAUCUCCACCCUGUACAGCUGCAUCCGCUUCCCGGUGGUUGGUGUGGGCGUGAUCCGCUGGGUCGAGAACACCGUCACCGAGCCGUCCUACUUCAAGCUGUGCACGGAAAGCUGUCCGCUGCAUCUCGCGCUCCUGGACGAGGUGGCCUGCGUUCAUACUUCGCUGCACGAUCAAAUUCUCCGGCUGCUGGUGCGGCUGUUCGAAUCAAAGCAGGACGAGCUGGAAAUUUUGGUACAGCUCGAGCUGAAGAAGAUGCUACUCGAUCGGAUGGUGAAUCUGUUGGCACGGGGUUGUGUCGUGCCGGUGGUGAAGUACAUCAGCCAGUGCUGUACCAAGGGCGAUACGGAUAUUUCGCUGAUUCGGUACUUUGUAACGGAGGUGCUCGAAAUGGUCACGCAUCCAUACUCGAGCGAGUUCGUGCAGCUAUUUCUACCGAUGGUGGAAAACGAAGAAAUUACCGGCUCGAUGCGGGGCGAAGGUGAUAACGAUCCAGUGUCGGAGUUUAUCGUGCACUGCAAGGCACACUACACGACACUGUAGGAUGAUUUUUGGUGCGAAUGAUUUCUA